AUGAUAGAAUAUUUGAAUGCUUGGGAUCUCUAGACGAACUUAAUGCUCAUCUUGGAUUAGUAAUCUAAAUUCACAAUUAACUCAAUUAAGGCUAGAGAAUACUUUUCAGGUAUUGAAGAUCUAGAUAAAAGGUUUGCAGAAGAAGUUGAAGAGAUUCAAUGUAGACUUAUAGAUUUAGGUUCAUAGGUAGCAACACCUAGAAAGGCAGAUGAAAUUCAUGAGAAAAAAAUCAUUCAUACUGCUUUUGACCCGAACAAUGUUUUAGAAUUAGAAAAGAGAAUUGAUUUCAUGGAUGAAAAACUACCACCUCUUAAAAACUUUAUCCUUCCUAGUGGUGGUCUUGCAGCCUCACAUAUACAUGUUGCUAGAACUAUCUGCAGAAGAGCUGAGAGAAAUCUCAUUCCAUUAUUCUAGGAGGAGUAAAUAGAGACUCACGCUUAUCAAUAUGUUAACAGACUUAGUGACUACUUGUUUAUGCUCGCUAGAAUUUGCGCCUAAGCAGAAGGGAAAGGAGAAGUCAUAUAUAAGAAAGCUAAGAAGCACGAUGAUCACCCAGCUGAAGAAAAUAAAUCACAGUAAUGA